AGCAAAAUGGCCGCCAGUAAACUAACCGAUCACACAGCGUCUGACAGUCAUCAGCGGGUUCGGUGUGUUUUGUUUACAGCUUGAGGACUACACUUGCUCUUUAAGGAUAAUCGCAUUUCCUCCGGUUUUUUCUACGAUCAACAUUUCGGUUUUCGGUGAUGUCAUUUCUUACUCUACUCAGCCUUGAUCGCCUCGAAUAACUAGCUUGCUAGGCUAGCUGCUUUGCUAGCCUGCUAGCGGUAGGUCUGCGAGAAAUUCUGCACAGAAGCACUUUAUGUCCUGUGUGAUUCCCGAGACAGGAGAAUCAGGAAAGGGAACAGUGGUUCAUGGAAGACAAGAAAAAGAAGAAAGAAGAUAAAAAGAAAAGGGAAACCUCUCAGAAGGUGCCAGAACAGAAAAUCAAAGUGCCAGAAUCAGCCAAGCCCUCCACCUCCCAGCCACUCACCACCCAAGGCUCAGUGUCCCCCAGCCCUGGCCCUCUCGCCCCCCCGUCCCCCAGUCCUGCUGCAGCCGGGGUUUCUGCACAGGUUCCUCCUGGUGGUGGGAACAAUGCAAAGCAGCGGACUGCUGUGGCCAACGGACAGCCCUCCUCCUCCCCUGCAGGAAGCCAGACAUCCCAACAGCAGCGAUACAUGUCGAGAGAGGUUCCACCGAGGUUUCGCUGCCAGCAGGACCAUAAAGUGCUACUGAAGCGGGGCCAGCCGCCGCUUUCCUCCAUGCUGCUGGGGGGAGGAGGAGGGGAAGGGGGCACAGGAAGUGGCUGGGCAGAUAACCCCAAUGCAAACACAGCUGGAGGCACAGAUUCCAACCUGGGCUCAUCAUCUACUUCACCCCCGAACUCCUCCUCAUCCUCAUCAUGUGUCGCUGCUCCGUCUUCUUCUUCUACUACUACUACUUCAACUUAUGCAAAUUCCACAUGGGGGUCGGGCUCUGGCAGCCUGUCCUCCUCUCAGGGCUGCGGGAAGGUGAUGGUGGAUGGGUCUGACCUCGGAGACUGGCCCAGCAUCCUUGGCGGGGCCAAAGUAGGCGGUGACGGGUCUGGAGGAGGCGUGCAGGAUCAAGACGGCCCUGGUAACAACAACAGUAGUGCCUCAUGGGGUGAGAAAACCAUCCAGCAGAAGGGAGGAACAGGAGGAGGAGGAGGAGGGAACACGGACAAUCCUUCCUCCCCUCGUUCUUCUCCUCUCUCCUCCUCGCUUAAUGAAUGUGUCCAGUCGAGCAGCGGCGGCGGUGUGUGGGGCUCCUCCUCCUCCUUUCAGGUGGAGGCCGGCCUCGGAUCUGCAGCAUUUUACAAUUCCAAAGUCUCCCAUCUUCUUCCCGGGCCUCAGGAGAGCCCCGUGGGUGGCAGCAGUGUCUCUGGUGCCAACUUCAACCCCAACGUGAACCCAUCUGCCUGGCCCGCCCUGGUGCAGGCUGGGACAUCGACGACGACGGUGAACGACAGCCUUCCUCAGCACCCAUCCAUCACUUCAGUUUCCUCUGCCAGCUCCCCCCUCAUCACCACUCUCUCAUCUGUGAAUCAAUCUGGAGUCCCUCAGCAGCACACUGAGACAGCUGGGGGAGCCAGGGGGGGCGACCCACAGCAGCACUUAGGAAACCUGGGGCGCGAGCCGGGUUCAGGCGGAGCGGGACCAAAUCAGGAGGGGGGCGAUGAAAGGGACUUUGGGGGUACGAGAGUGGAAGGAGAAGGGAUUACUAAUCUUUCCAGCUCCUCGUCUUCCUCAUCUGCUGCAUCUUCUUCUUGGAGAUCCAUGCCUCCAGUGCCCGCUGACCUCAGUGCAGGGGGGUCACAGGCAGACGGAUGGGGGGGUGGAGGAGGGGGGGGUGGAGCUCAGGGGCAGGAAGGGAACGUGUGGGGCUUUGGGGGUCUGGGGGGAAAGGCGGGGUGGGCCAGAGGGAGUGAUGGUGGCUCAAAUACCACAGUGGUAACUCAGGGAGCGUUGGAAGGAGGCGGAUCAGAAUCGGAGUGGGGGGGCACAGAGGGGGGUGUAAGUCCGAGUAACUCAGCAAUAGAAGGUGGAGGAGGGGGGGGGAGCAGCAGCAGCAGCUGUGGAGGUAACGGUGUGUCACAGGAAUCUGCCUCACCAAAGUUUGCUACCAAGACAAAAGCUUGGGACAAUCAGAAAGGGAUGGAGAGUGGGGAGGGGGCAGUUGGGGAGUGGGGGGGGCAGGGUGGGGGUACGGGAGGUGGACGACCUUCAUCCUCGAGUGGAGGGGGGUCCAUAGCCGGCAGCGGCGGGGAUGAUAGUGAUGGUGGACAAAAGCAGGAGCAGGCCAAGGCUGCUCCCGAUCAACCCCCCCAGACGUCCAAUGCUGAAGUGGCCUUACUGAGCAUGCUCAGUAGAUCUGACCUGGACCCCCGGGUCUUAUCCAAUAAGGGCUGGGGGCAGACCCAGGUCAGACAGAAUGUGGCCUGGGACCUGGACUCUUCAAGAGGAAAGAGAAAUGAAAGAAGCCCGUCCUCUUUCUCCUCCGCCUCCAUGAACAGUACCAACAGUUCUGCACCUGGGUUCUCGUCCAAUCACAGCUCAAGUACUAAUGAGGGCGGGCUGAGCUCCGGUCCCGGGUCAGGGAGGGAUGGAUGGGACGGCAGCGCCUCCACUUGCGCUCCUCACAGCACUGUGAGGAAACCAGGAACACCUGAAGAAGAGAUGGAGUCCAGUCAGAGCCCGGCAGCUGGAGGGUGGGGGGAACGCCCGACUGGUCACCAGGGCAAAGGAUGGGGGGGCGAGGAACAACAGUGGGGGGGGCGCAGAGGAAGAGGGGGGGGCUGGAGAGACUUUGGAGAACAGGGUAGUGGCUGGGCUGAUGGUCCAGAGGAUAAAGGGACAGGGGGUAGGAAGGGGACAGGGAGAGGGGAGGGAGGGGGAUGGGGGGGGGACUGGGGUCAGAGGGACUCUGGACCUGGAGGGGGGUGUGGCGAUGGGCGGAGCAGAGGUGGAAGCCACAAGGAAGAGGGAUCCUCCUGGGGUAACGUGGAUGAAGGUGGAUCUCAGCGAGGAGGGUGGGGAGGGGGGGAUGCGGUUGGAGGUAAACCCCACCAGGACUGGGACAGUGCCAAGCCCCCCCCAUCAGCAGCCGCACACAUACCAAACAGUCACACAAAAACUCCAAACACACAGCAGCACCAAUCACAGGGCCAGCAGCAACAAGGGGGGUGGAGCAGCCGCUCCAACGCUGCAGGUGGAGGUCCACCAUCUAAGAAUCAGAACCAAAGUUCAGGCUGGACCUCAGGCCCCAUACCCCAAAUCCCCGGGGGAGGGGCUGACUCCCUGGAGUCCAGCGGCUGGGAGGAACCGUCCCCUCAGUCCAUCAGCAGGAAGAUGGAGAUCGAUGACGGCACAUCGGCCUGGGGAGACCCGACCCGCUACAACACCAAGAAUGUCAAUCUGUGGGACAAAAGCAGCGCCGCACCCGACCAAAGCCACUGUCAGCAGGCGCCACCUGCACCGCCCAUGCAGCAACAACCACCACCCAGGAGGCAGCACGGACUGCAGCAUGGACGGGAAACCAACCCCCCCCCUGCUGCUGUUGCUGUAGGUAUGUGGGGAGCAGGUGCUCAGUCGGUGGAUAAUGGAACGGCUGCUUGGGGCCAGACGGCAGAUUCAGCCACAAGUUGGGGGGAUCAUGAUGAACCCGGCAAAGCUUCUGGCUGGGUGAACCCUGCGCCUAACAUCACUAAACCUGGCAACAAGUCCAUGGAGAGCUGGGGAGGGAAGGGGGAGGGGUCAGUCGCAGCGACCCGGCACCCCAGCUGGGACGAGGAGGAUGAUGGCGUUGGAGGAGUGUGGAACAACGCGAGCUCCCAGGGGAGCGGCUCCUCCUUCAACUCGGGAGGCUGGGGUCAGAGUCACAUGGGGAAAAGAGGAAACAUCAAGGGAGGCGGUGGAGACAGCUGGAUGAACCCGGUGGCUCGCCAGUUUUCAAAUAUGGGUCUGCUGGGUGAUGACCCCGGUGGAGACAAAAAGAUGGACGGAGACAAGCGAGGAAUGAAUGAAUACAACGGAGAGAUGCGGAGAGGAGGAAGAGGUGGAGGAGGUUAUCGCAUGCCUGGUUCCAAAGACAUGGGUCCUGUAGACACGGGCCCCUAUGGGGACAAGAUGAGCGGCCAUGGCGUGUUCGUUGGCAGCGGGGCGAUGCCUCAGGCUCGAGGGAUGCACCAGCCGGGCGUGCAUCCCAUGAACCCGUCCCAGGGGAUCCGUGCUCAAGUGCCUCAUCAGUUCCUGUCUGCUCAGGUGCCGGGGCUGAAGCAGAUGCCCUCUCCUGGUGGCAGUGUGGGAGGGGUGGGCGGUGUCAGUGGCGUUGGUGGUGGCGUUGGAGGUGUCGGUGGCGUUGGAGGUGUCGGUGGCGUUGGAGGGGUCGGUGGCGUUGGUGGAGGCGUAUUCCCUCCUCAGAUUUCCCCGCAGCAGCUAGCGAUGCUCAGCAACAUUUACCCCCAGAUGCAGCAGUUCCAUCUGGCCUGUCAGCUCUUGCUCCAGCAGCAGCAGCAGCAGCAGCAGCAGCAGCUUCUUCAGAAUCAGAGGAAGUUCCCUCAGCCUCAGCCUCUGAGGCAGCAGCCCGACCCGCAGCAGCUGGCGAGGAUUAUGGCGAUCCUGCAGCAGCAGAGGCAGCAUCAGCAGGGCGGCGGCGUCGGAGCAUCAGGAGGAGGCUCUAAACUGUCCCCCUCUCACCUGGGAGGAGGCCUCUCCAAACAACCAAUGGGAGACCCCCUCCAGCAUCCUGGGAUGGCGGGACCCUUAUCAGACCUUCAUGCCAAAACAGCGGGGAUGUACUCGGGACUCGCUCCUGGAGGGAACCUGUCCGGUCUGGAGCUCGGCCCGAUGAUGGGAGCGAUGAAGGACACGGGGGGACAGCAGUCUCGAUUUAAAUGGAUGAUGGAGGGUCACUCCCCCGCCCCGUCUCCCCCUGACUCGGCCCUUCAUAAGAACGGACCCUUACCCAGUGCUUUAAAGGUGAGGGGAGGAUCCCCUUACUCCCAGUAUGACAUGCUGGGGGCUGAUGGUUUGGGGAUCCCCCCUCAGGGCUCUGCAGACAGCUGGCACCGGACCCCCGGGAGUAAGAUGGGGAACAAACCUGCCACGUCCAGCUGGCCACCAGAGUUUCAGCCCGGUGUUCCCUGGAAGGGGAUCCAGAGCGGUGGAGACCCAGAGUCCGACCCCUACAUGACUCCUGGGGGUGUUCAUGGUUCCCCUGGACCCCCAAACCUCAACGACUCUGACCACCAGUUACUGCGAGACAACAUAGGGCCGAACCCCUCCCUCAACACCUCGCUGCCUUCACCUGGUGCCUGGCCCUACAGUGCCUCGGACAGCCCGCUCAGCAAUGCACACAGCACAGGAAAGUACUCGGAGUACAAACCCAGCUGGCCCCCAGAGCCCAUCGGACAAAACAAGAUGUGGAAGACCAAUCGCAACAGCUCUCAGCUGCCACGCCCCCCUCCUGGCCUAACCAAUCAGAAGCAAGCCUCGUCCUCCCCAUGGGGAAGCGGAGGCCCACGUUCGGCCCGAAGCUGGGGAGGGGGCGGGAUGAAUCAGGAGUCAAGAUUUGGGCCAGGCUCAGCGUGGAGUGACGGCGUUGCCUCCAGGAGCAGCUGUUGGCUGCUGCUGAGCAACCUGACGCCUCAGAUCGAUGGAUCCACGCUGAGGACGAUCUGCAUGCAGCACGGCCCCCUGCUCACCUUCCACCUCGGCCUCACCCAGGGCAGUGCUCUGAUUCGCUACAGCAGCCGGCAGGAGGCGGCCAAGGCCCAGGGCGCUCUCCACAUGUGCGUUCUGGGUAACACCACGAUCCUGGCCGAGUUUGUGGGUGAGGAGGAAGUCGCUCGCUAUUUUGCACAUUCCCAGGCCGGAGGAGCGGAGGGGGUGGGGUCAGGAUCUGCAGCAGCCAGCGGGACGCAGGGUUCAUCUGGAACGGGCACGGCUGUGGCCAGCAGUGGAGGCUCCUCCCCGGGGAGCGAGCGGGCAGCAGCGGCGGGGGCAGCUUCAGGUGGAAACGGCAGCGGGGGAGUGGAAGGUGGAUCAGGCGGUCUGGGCGGGGUCAGGUCCUCCGGCUCGGCCUGGCAGGGUCACGAUGGUACAGGAAGUUCUUCAGAAACCUCCUCGGCCCAGCAGGGACAGGGGCUGGGGAUCUUCUCCCAGUGGGGCGCCAACGGGGCGGGCGAGGGAGGGGGAGUGGAGGGAGCAGAGUCCGGGAGGUCUGGACUCUGGGGGGGCAUGACUACAGGAUAUCCCAGCAGCAGCCUGUGGGGGGCGCCACAGAUGGAGGAGAGGCACCAAAUGGACAGCCCUGCAGGACUGCUGCCCGGCGACCUGCUGGGGGGCGGAGCCGACUCUAUCUGACGGGCGCUUUUCUUUUUUUAUGUGUUGGUUUGGACACUGAUACAGCAUACACUGGGAAACAUGUGUACUUACUAUAGCACACACACACACACACACACACACACACACACACACACACACACACACACACACACACACACACACUGACAUGGUAUGCAUAGUAAUGUAACACAUCCACACACACUUUGUUUUAUGCAUAUUAAUGUGCACACAGGUAAAGCAGAAAUGUGAGACACAUUCUCGUGGCCAGACUUAAGCUAUUCUCUAAACUAAUGCAGGGACUGUUAGUGUGUGUGUGUGUGUGCGUGUGUGUGCGUGUGUGUGUGUGUGUGCGGCCUUUUCCACAGAAGAAGAGUUCAAACUGUUUAGACUUGAAACCAGAAUGAAAACGUCAGACUCGACUGGAUGUCAGUGUGAACAGAUUUACACAUAAACAUGCACACACCAAAUACAGACGGGCACUGUAAACGGCGUCGCCUUCAUCGUACACGAGGACUUUUAACGGCGCCGCGAUGUGAGGUUCAAGUGCAGUUUAGUUUUCACGUCCCCUUAAAGACGGAGACCCCCGAUCCAAACACAUGCAAACAGCUCUGAGAGACAGCAGAGUCUUACUGUGUUUAAACAUGUUGUCAUUGUUCUGACCUCCUACUGUUGUAUCUCAUGCACUCUCUCUCUCUCUCUCUCUCUCUCUUCAACAUGUUCGAUUCAGUCAUAAAUGUUAAACUGCAGUUUGAGGCCAUGUUGCAUUUCUCCGUGUGGCAGUACUGUUUGUGGUAUCGAACGCACUCAGCGAGCGUGAGUAUGAAUGAGACUGAGACCAAGUAGUAGUUGUUGUGUGUGUGUGUGUGUGUGUGUGUGUGUGUGUGUGUGUGUGUGUGUGUGUGUGUGUGUGUGUGUGUGUGUCUCUGUGUGUGUGUGUGUGUGUGUGUCUCUGUGUGUGUGUCUCUGUGUGUGUGUGUGUGUGUGUCUCUGUGUGUGUGUGUGUGUGUGUGUGCGUCUCUGUGUGUGUACGUCUCUGUGUGUGUGUGUGUGCGUCUCUGUGUGUGUGUGCGUCUCUGUGUGUUUGUGUGUGUGUGUGUGUGUGUGUGUGUGUGUGUGUGUCUGUGUGUGUGUGUGUGUGUGUGUGUGUGCGUCUCUGUGUGUGCGCAUGUUACUGCCUGUCAUGAUGUGGGCACGGCUGCUUACUAAACAGAAGGUCUAUCCAGAUGUUUGAGUGCAUUGGGGUAAACUGCUGACUGUGUGUUCACCAAUAUUGGCACUAACGCUUUUCUCUCAUUUGAAGUUGUUUGUUUGUUUGUUUUUUAGCAGAUUGUCUUUUUUAUUGUCCGACCUGCAAUAAUAAAAAAGAACAUUUUAAACGACACAAAGAGCUGAAGGCAUCCACGGAGAGGAAAAGAGGACAUGCCAAAUCUUAUCAAACUGUGUGGAGUGUGGGGGUGGGGGGGGCCUGUGGGGCGGGGCGGGGCGGGGGGGUUGUUUACAGAUGCAGAGUAAGAGUUACCGUACGUUUUUAAUGUUCUGUUGUUGUGUAUUCGUUUCAAAUUAAGACAGGCUUUAACGCUCCUGUUCAGUGUUUUCGUUAUAAGAUUUUACAAAAGAAAAAAUUUAUUUAAACGAAUGAGAACAAGAUUAAUAAAGAUGAAAGUAUUGGCUUCUAAAAA